GGAUCCAUUGGUGUGCACGUGACCAAAUUUCGAGUGCGCGUAUAUGCUCUGUAUAGUCUGUGCAUGGCUAUCGGUACCGGUCGGUCGUUUAGUAAGCUAGUUGGCCGUCCAAUUAUUUAAACGUUAUGCGCGCGGGCGCGUGAGCUGUCCGAAAGCUUGGCAAUCGGUUGUUGGCUACCGGCAUUCGACGAGCAAGGAUUGUCAACGGUCCUGGCAAUCACCGGCGUUCACGUCGUACUAGUGCCGCCAGUCUGUUCAACAUAUCGAUAGAGUGUAACGAUGCUGGACUUACUCGAGCCAUUCCUCGACAUUCCGAGGCCCUACUACGGGGCGCUGCUGGCUGUUGGAUUCUGUGUCUACUACUUUUUCGGAGUUGUCAAAACGCCGAUGUUGGUAUGCGCGAACGGACCAUUCCGAGCGUUUUUAGAAGAACACGUGCCCCUGGUGAGGAACAAAUUUUGGCCAACAUUGUGGUGUUUCGAAUCGAGGGCACAGACAAUCAUAGCGAGUGUUCUUAGAUCGCGAAUUUUGCCGCCUAUUCACUAUCGCAGAGAGAUUCUGACCUUGUCGGAUGGGGGUGAAGUGGCCCUGGAUUGGGCAGAAGAGGGAUGUUCCGCUACUUCGCCUAUCGUGAUUAUUUUACCAGGACUCACUGGCGCAAGUCAAGCGGAAUAUAUCAAGUGCCUUGUCUCGUCUGCGAAAAAAGUCGGGAUACGAUGCGUAAUCUUCAACAACAGGGGCCUAGGAGGCGUAGAACUAAAGACUCCACGGAUGUACUGCGCUGCGAACAGCGACGACUUAUCGGAGGUUAUCGAACACGUAAAAAAACUACAUCCUCAGGCGCAUCUUGGAGCAACGGGAAUCUCUAUGGGAGGAUUAAUUUUAGGUAAUUAUUUAGCUCAAGAAGGAGUAAUGGCAAGAGGCAAAUUGAAAGGAUGCUUCUUAAUUUCUGUGCCUUGGAAUGUGUUUGCCGCGACGAAGAACACGGAAGAAAAUUAUUUUAACUUAAUGAUAAACAAAUAUUUGGCCGGCACACUCCGUAAAAAUAUACAACGCUUACACUAUUCUUCGGAACCCGGAAUGUUUGAUGUCGAUAUUGAAACUCUCCUUAAAAGUCAAACUGUGAGAGAGUUUGAUUCACAUUUUACGGUGAAACAAUUCGGCUACAAAGACGUUGAGGAAUAUUAUUCCAAUGCAACCAUACACGAUAAAUUACACUUGAUUGACGUACCAUUAUUGUGUCUCAGUGCUGCAGACGAUCCAUUUCAACCAGUUCAAGCUAUACCACUGAAGGAAAUAUCAGAAACCAAAAAAGUGGCUGUUGUGGUAACAUCACGCGGCGGCCAUAUUGGUUUCUUGGAGGGUAUGUGGCCAGUAAAAGAAGAACAAUACAUGGGUAAAUUGUUUUCACAAUUUUUUGCUGCAUUAUUCACAUCUGGUUUAGAUCAUCAAAUGUUGUGACGAACUUACGAAUUAAAUAUCAAAUACAUUCACAAAUAUCGAUACCAAAUAUUUCGUCUACGUUCGAUCAUUGCGUAAAAAUUAUCACGUGCCAUGAUUAACCGUAUUCAGGGUAUUGCACAUGUGAUGUUGAUAGUAUUAAGAAUUACAGAAUUUUCACCGCUUUUAUAUAUUAAAGAGAUUUCCAUCGACUACCUACGAAGCAUUAGUUAUUAAUAUAAUAUAGAUAUAAUUUUUUACACGCACACGCGUAAAUUGUUUA